AUUGUCCAGAAUUGCUUGGACUAGUGGGCAUGCAGAUUUCUCAAAGAAUCGUCAGACUCGAAUCGUGAGCAUUUGGCGCAGGGAGGGGUGGCUUGUCACAGCCCAGGGAGCUCGCGCCACAUUUCAGCACAGCCACUCAGCGCCCGCCAGCGCCAGCGGUGCGCGCUUCAGUGGAGACAGCGAGGGUGUUGAUGGCCAGCCCAACCUGCCGACCCCUAAUCGACUUUGGGACUCGCAAUACCUCCCCAGAAUCUCCGCGACACGCUCCCAUGGACGCUCCCGGCGCCUGACUCCCGUCCGCGAGCCCCGUUGAGCCACCGACCUUCCCCGCCGCCGAGCCUCGGACUCGUCGCCUUCACGCCCAGCCGACCGUCACUGCCCUGCCCCUCCCCACCUCGCCGACGUCCCAGCCUGGUGCUCGACGGUACCAUGGCGGUAAACAGGAUCCGCGGGGCCUUUACCGCCCCGAGGAAGGGAGAGACGUUUGAGCUCCGCGCAGGGCUGGUCUCCCAGUAUGCCUACGAGCGCAAGGAGUCGAUCCAGAAGACCAUCAUGGCCAUGACGCUCGGCAAGGACGUCUCGGCCCUCUUCCCCGACGUGCUCAAGAACAUCGCAACGGCGGACCUCGAUCAGAAGAAGCUGGUCUAUCUCUACCUGAUGAACUACGCAAAGUCGCACCCGGACCUGUGCAUCCUCGCCGUCAACACGUUCGUCCAGGACUCGGAGGACCCGAACCCGCUCAUCAGGGCGCUGGCGAUCCGGACCAUGGGCUGCAUCAGGGUCGACAAGAUGGUGGACUACAUGGAGGAGCCGCUGCGCAAGACGCUACGGGACGAGUCACCCUACGUGCGCAAGACGGCCGCCAUCUGCGUCGCCAAGCUCUUUGACCUGAACCCGACCAUGUGCAUCGAGAACGGCUUCCUCGAGACGCUGCAGGAGCUGAUCGGCGACCCCAACCCCAUGGUCGUCGCCAACUCGGUCCAGGCCCUGUCCGAGAUCGCCGAGACGGCGCCCGAGACCAAGGCGCUCGUCGUCACCCCGGCCACGCUCAAGAAGCUCCUCAUGGCCCUCAACGAGUGCACCGAGUGGGGGCGCGUCACCAUCCUGUCCACCCUGGCCGACUACCCACCCCAGGACGUCAAGGAGUCGGAGCACAUCUGCGAGAGGGUCGCGCCGCAGUUCCAGCACGUCAACCCCAGCGUCGUCCUGGCCGCCGUCAAGGUCGUUUUCAUCCACAUGAAGUUCAUCAGCCCGGAUUCGGUCAGGCAGUACCUGAAGAAGAUGGCGCCUCCGCUAGUCACCCUUGUCGCCUCCGCCCCCGAGGUCCAAUACGUCGCCCUCAGGAACAUCGAUCUCCUCCUCCAAGCAAAGCCAGACAUCCUGAGCAAGGAGCUGAGGGUAUUUUUCUGCAAAUACAACGACCCGCCCUAUGUCAAGAUGCAGAAGCUCGAAAUCAUGGUGCGGAUAGCCAACGACAAAAACUUUGAGCAGCUCCUCGCAGAGCUCAAGGAGUACGCCCUCGAGGUGGACAUGGACUUUGUGCGCAGGGCCGUCAAGGCCAUCGGCCAGGUCGCCAUCAAGAUCGAGAGCGCGAGCGAGAAGUGCGUCAACGCGCUGCUGGAUCUCAUGGCCACCAAGGUCAACUAUGUCGUGCAGGAGGUCGUUGUCGUCAUCAAGGACAUAUUGCGCAAGUACCCGGGUUACGAGGGCGUCAUCCCGACCCUGUGCGAGCAUAUUGACGAGCUCGACGAGCCCAACGCGCGCGGGUCGCUGAUUUGGAUCGUGGGCGAGUAUGCCGAGAAGAUCAGCAACGCCGACGAGAUAUUAACGAGCUUCGUGGACGGCUUCAUGGAGGAGUUUACCCAAACACAGCUCCAGACCCUCACGGCCGUCGUGAAGCUUUUCCUGAAGAAACCCAGCAGCAACCAGGGUCUGGUCCAAAAGAUCCUCCAGAUGGCAACAGCGGAAAACGACAACCCGGAUAUCCGAGAUCGGGCCUAUGUUUACUGGCGUCUGCUUUCGGGCGACCUGGAGAUCGCAAAGAACAUUGUCAUCUCGCAGAAGCCCGCCAUCAGCACGACGAUGACGUCACUCCCUCCCGCGCUGCUCGAGCAACUCCUGAUGGAGCUCUCGACGCUCGCGUCUGUCUACCACAAGCCGCCCGAGUCGUUCGUUGGCAAGGGCCGGUUCGGCGCCGACGAGAUCCAGCGCGCGGCCAUCCAGGAGCAGAGGCAAGAGGCGGCCGAGAACCCCAUCGCGGCAGCCGUCGCGGCCGCCAAUGGGGGCGCGGCCACGGGGUCCCAGAACAACAUGGAGAACCUGCUCGACAUCGACUUCGACGGUGCGGCGCCCGCCACCGCCGAGGGCGCCGCCACGCCCGACCGCGUCAUGAGCCCCGUGGGCGGCGGCCCCGCCCAGCCGUCGGGCGGCAUGGCCGACAUGAUGGGCCUCUUUGACGCGGCGCCCUCGGCCCCGGCGGCCGGUGGUGCCGGUGCCGGUGCCAUGGGGGACAUUAUGAACGGGUUCGCGGGCAUGGACCUGAGCGGCACCAGCGCACCGCCGCCUCCUGGUCAGCAGCUGCAGGGACAGCCCGGUGGCGCUCCGGCGGCCAAAAAGAGCGACAACGAGGAUCUGUUGGGUCUGUUCUAAACUCGGUGGGCAGACGACCGGGUUCCUGUGGCUCUUCUUCUUUCGUGUUUUUGUCUUUCGUCACCUCACGGCAUUGCUCUUUCAGGUCGGAUAAUCUGAAAAGCAGGGGUGGGUGGGAUGGGUAGAAUUUCUGUAUCUCUGGAGAGGGUAGCCUUUUAUCUUUUUUUUUUCAUUCUUCCUUGGCCAUCUUUCCCGUGUUUCUCUAUGACCCCUGAUCCUUCAAACAUGCGGGAGUUGGUAUUUACAUUCGGCUGCUGGGAAAUCGACCAAAAUACAACGUGGAGAUUAAUGUCCCAUUGCCAGCAUAUCAUGGUCUGUCCAACUCUGACCCCCACUCCUGUCCAAGUGGACACGCGCGCGGCCUCUCACAAGAAUAACCGCCGUCGAAUUCCUGACGAGCCACCUCGUAUGUAGGUGUUGUGAGCUGGUGCGAUGUGUUUUCGAGGCGGGCUUGCCCUCCACCCCAGGACAUGCAUCGUGACCAUCGGGCAAAGCCCUUGCGCCUGCGUCUCUGACGGCGUGGCUACCGACUCCCCAACGCCCACCCAACCACCGGCAAUUUCAGGAGUAUCAUGGUAUAAAAGCCACCAUACACAAUGCGGUCUCGCAAGAAAUCCUAAGGUGGCUCUCUCCACCCGACUCUUUAACACUUGUUACUUCCCGAGACACGCUUUUGCCUCACUACUUCCCAAGAUGGAUGGUUACUCCCCACGGCUUGUAAAGGCCAAGCGGGGCAAGUGAUGAUAUGUAUAAGC